GGUAAGACAACACUAGCUAAAGCGGUUUACAAUGAUGACAAGGUGAAGGACCAUUUUCCUUUGACAGCUUGGUAUUGUGUUUCUGAGGCAUAUGAUGCUUUGAGAAUAACGAAAGGGUUACUUCAAGAAAUUGGCUCAUUUGACUCAAAGGAUGACGGCAAUUUUAAUCAGCUACAGGUCAAAUUGAAGGAAAGCCUUAAGGGAAAGAAGUUCCUUGUUGUCCUUGAUGAUGUGUGGAAUGAUACCUAUAACGAGUGGGAUAACCUGAGAAAUGUUUUUGUACAAGGAGAUAUGGGAAGUAAGAUCAUUGUAACAACACGUAAGGCGAGUGUUGCUCAGAUGAUGUGUGCUGAUCGUUGCGCAAUCACCGUGGCGAAUCUGUCUAGUGAAGACUCUUGGUCGUUAUUCAAACGACAUUCACUAGAAAAUAGCGAUCAUCCGGAACUUGAAGAGAUUGGGAAAAAAAUUGCAAACAAGUGCAAAGGGUUGCCUUUAGCUCUAAAGGCACUUGCUGGUGUUUUACGCGACAAAUCAGAGGUGGAUGAGUGGAGAAACAUUUUAAGGAGUGAAAUAUGGGAUCAGCAAAGUUGUUGGAAUGGUAUAUUACCAGCGUUGAUGUUGAGCUACAAUGAUCUUCCUCCACAUUUGAAGCGAUGCUUUGCUUUUUGUGCCAUAUAUCCCAAAGAUCAUGAAUUCUGCAAAGACCAAGUUAUUUACCUGUGGAUUGCUAAUGGUCUUGUAAAGCAGUUUUGUUUAGGUAAUAAAUACUUUGACGAGUUGAGAUCAAGAUCUUUGUUUGAAAGGGUCCCAGAAUCAGAAUGGAAAUCGGAGGGAUUCGUAAUGCACGACCUUAUCAAUGAUUUGGCCCAAACUGCAUCUUCAAAACAUUGUAUUAGGUUGGAAGAGAACGAAGGAUCUGCUGAUAUGUUGGAACAAAGUCGGCACAUGUCCUAUUCCAGAGGAGAAAAUGGUCACUUUGAGAAAUUGAAACAACUCUCUGAAUCAGAGCAGCUGAGGACAUUGCUUCCAACCAAUAACAGUUACUUCUCUAAUCUAAGCAAGAGGGUGUUGCAUAACAUACUGCCAAGACUGACAUCCUUAAGGGCAUUGUCAUUGUCAAGUUAUAAAUUUAAGGAGUUGCCAAAUGACUUGUUUAUCAAAUUAAAGAUCCUCAGAUUUUUGGACCUUUCUCGGACAAUGAUUGGAAAGUUGCCAGAUUCCAUUUGUGUAUUGUAUAACUUGGAGGCACUUCUCUUGUCAUCUUGUCAAUAUCUUGAGGAGCUACCGCUGCAGAUGGAGAAGUUGAUCAACUUGCGUCAUCUUGACUUAAGCAACUCUUCUCGCUUGAAGAUGCCACUACAUCUUAGCAAGUUGAAAAGCCUCCAAAUGCUAGUGGGAGCCAAGUUUCUUGUAGGUGGUAGCGGUGGUUUGAGAAUGGAAGAUUUGGGUGAAGUACAUAACUUGUAUGGAUCUCUAUCAGUUUUAGAGUUGCAAAAUGUAGUUGAUAGAAGGGAAGCUGUGAAGGCAAAUAUGAAGGAAAAGGAACAUGUUGAGGAGUUGUAUUUGCAGUGGAGUGAAGGUAGUUCUGCUUACGAUUCUUAAACUGAAAGAGAGAUACUUGAUGAGCUACACCCAUACACAAAUAUAAAACAAUUAGAAAUCAGGGGAUAUAGAGGGGCAAAAUUUUCAAAUUGGGUAGCUGAUCCUUUGUUUCUUAAGCUUGUGAAAUUGUCUCUUAGCUACUGCAAGGACUGUGAUUCCCUGCCAGCACUAGGACAGCUUCCUUGUUUAAAAUUCCUUUCAAUUAGAGGGAUGCAUGGAAUAAGAGAGGUGACGGAAGAAUUCUAUGGCAUUUUAUCCUCCAAGAAGCCUUUUAACUCUCUUGAGAAGCUUUUAUUUGAAGAUAUGCCUGAGUGGAAGCAAUGGCACGUACUAGGAAGCGGGGAGUUCCCUAAACUUGAGAAGCUUUCAAUUAUAAUGUGUCCGAAGUUGAUGGGGAAGUUGCCUGAAAAUCUUUCUUCUCUGACAGGAUUGAGUAUUUCAGACACCUCUCUUUUUGAUGAAUCUCAACUGCUUAGAUCCCAAUUUGAGGGAAUGAAUCAAAUUGUUGAAUUAUCUAUUUAUCGUUGCAACUCUGUUACCUCCUUACCUUUUAGCAUACUUCCCAGUUCCUUGAAGAGAAUAUCCAUACGUAAUUGUGAGAAAUUGAAAUUGGAGGAGGCAGUUGGUUGUAGUGACAUGAUUCUCGAGGAAUUGAAACUGCGAGAAUUUGAUUGUAUAGAUGAUAUAUCACCUGAGUUUCUCCCAAGAGCACGUAAAUUGAGUGUAGAGAGUUGCCCCAACCUUACUAGGUUUUUGAUUCCUACUGCCACUGAAAGUCUCACUAUUCAGAAUUGUGAGAAUGUUGAAAUACUUUCGGUGGCAGUUGACUCUGCGAUGACGUAUUUGGAGAUUCGGAAUUGUGAGAAGCUGCAAGAAAUACAUCUCUUCAAUUUACAAGUACUUAAGAUGAGUAAUUGCAAGAAAGUAGUGAACGGCCGAAAGGAGUGGUGUUUACGGAGACUCACUGAGUUAGAGAUCAGACACGAUGGCAGUGAUGAAGAGAUCCAACAUUGGCAGUUGCCUUCCUCUAUCACAAGACUUACCAUAACGAAUCUGAAAACAUUAAGCAGCCAAGUUCUGAAAAGCCUCAUCUCUCUUCAAUAUCUACGUUUUGAGGGUAAUAUACCGUUGUCACUGGUGGAACAAGGUGGGCUUCCCUCCUCUCUUUCAAAGCUACAUUUAGAAUACAAUGAUGAGCUCCAUUCACUACAUCUUUCCCACCUCACUUCACUUGUACAUCUACACAUCUUCCUUUGCCCUAAUCUCCAAUCACUCUCCGAAUCAGCACUGCCCUCCUCCCUCUCUCACCUGACCAUCAUCGGUUGCCGUAAUCUCCAAUCACUUUCCGAAUCAGCACUGCCCUCCUCCCUCUCUCACCUGACCAUCUCUCAUUGCCCUAAUCUCCAAUCACUCUCCGAAUCAGCACUGCCCUCCUCCCUCUCUGAGCUAGUGAUCUCCCAUUGCCAUAAUCUCCAAUCACUCUUCGAAUCAGCACUGCCCUCCUCCCUCUCUCAGCUGAACAUCUUCGACUGCUCUAAUCUCCAAUCCCUUCCAGUAAAAGAGAUGCCCUCUUCCCUCUCUACACUACAUAUUAGCGGAUGCCCAUUGCUCGAACCACUACUAGAAUUUGACAAAGGGAAAUACUGGCAAAAUAUUGCUCAAAUUCCCAUCUUAUACAUCGACGAAGAAUGCCUGUGAUAAUGAAGACGAAUGGCUCUCCAACUGAUCGUGGAAUGUCUUUUGCUCAAUCCACACCGAAAACUGCUCAUACUUGCACUAAUAAAUGUUGAUUGGGAGAAUCUGUAACGAUUAUUACCCGAUAAAUUAUGGAGUUUGUGACUUCCAAGUUGUGCAGCCGUCUACUAUGACUUCCUUGAGAUGAAGCAUGACUUGCUGCAAAUGGAACAUACCGCUCUAAUGUAACCCAAAGGAUUCUGGUAACAUUACAUGUAAGCUAUUACCGCUCUAGUUCAGUUUGUAAAAGCAAAGUUCUGCUGCAAUGAUAAAAAAGGAUAUUGACAAGGCUCAACGAUUAUUUGGGAAGUGAAAAUUUUCGAAGGUCUCAAGUGUUCAUUCUAGUUCUUCUCAUACAUGGGUGGAGCUAGAGAGGAAGCUAUGGGUUCGACAGAGAUUGGAUUUUUGAUAACAAUACGUAAGGUGUUACUGCUCUUAGCUCAGUUAGUAAAAGGAAAAUCUUGCUGCAAUUCUCUGUUGAAUAGACAGCAACUUCAAUGUGGUCGUGACAGAAAUGUAUAUGAAGUCUCUGUGAGAGUGGUAAGAUAUCAUUUAAAUUGUAUGACAAUGUGGCUCGGCAGGAUUCGUUUGACAUCCAAGACAGUGAAGAGCUUAAUAGAAUGAAGGAAGAAAAUGUUAAUCUACAAGAAAAGCUGAACGAUGCAGAAAGGAGGUUGUGAUUUCCAAGUCGUACAACUGUCCACUGUGCCUUCCUUGACUUGCUGCAAAUGGGACAUCUAGCUCUAAUGUACCCAAAGAUCGGAAGAGGACAUGACCAUGGUUGUCUACGCUUCAACUCAGUUUCCCCAGUAUUGUUGGUAUGUAGCAAGAGUUAAUGAGAAAUGAAAAGAAGAGCAACUUGGAAAGUUAGGAACUUGAAGAGUUGGGAAAACUUGAAAAGUACUCUGCUUUAGUGAAACGACAUUUGUCCUUCAUCGCUGGUGUAAAGAAAAAUAUAAGAGUUUAAUUGUUAAAAGGGUUGGAAAGAGAAAUGCUCCUCACGUCGUUGUCGUCGCUCGCUUUGAAUUCUUUCCAUUUUAUUUGAAAUUCCACCCGUUGAGUGAUUGUUCUGAAAGGUUGAACCAGUUCAUCUGAAGUUUUGAAAGCUUUGUCAAAUUCGGGAUUUUUUUUCA